AUGACAUUGUAUGUAACAGCAGUGAUGAGUAUGAAAGUGAUGUGGACGAUACAUACAUUGUCAGUGGUGCAUGCGCCAGUGGUGACAUGGACGCUGACUAUGCAACUGUCAGGCAGUUUCUCGAGAUCGGAUGUGGUUGAAAGAGUAUACCAUCAUAUAUUGAACAUGAGAGAAUUGACAAAGGCAGAGAAGGAUAUUAUUGUCAUGAGUAAUCUUAAGUGUGGAAAUGACCUGACUACAAAACGAGGGAAGCCAAGGAAACGUUCGAUGGUUUCAUACAAUGCAUUCCAAAAGCCAGUUUGCAAGAAAACGUUUAUGCUGGUUAAUGACAUUGGUAGAUCAGCUUUAGAAAAUCUUGUAGACCAUUAUAAGCAGAAUGGUCGAUUGCCAAGAAAUCAUGGAAACGUAGGAAAGAAACCAUCACAAGCCGUCAUUUAUGAUGAUGUAAAACGCGUGGUUGAAUUUUUGCAAAAUUAUGCGGACACGUAUGGUAUCCCCCAACCAGCAGCUCCCAGAGGAAGCGACAAUACUCCUCCAAUUUAUCUUGACAGUGGUAAAACAAAACUAACCAUUCAUAAAGAGUAUAUAGAAAGUUGUCGCGAGGCUGGGGUUAGAUCUUUACAGCGAACUGCUUUCUGUGAAAUUUGGAAAAGCUGUCUGUGUCACAUAAGAAUAGCUUCGCCUAGGGAUGAUGUUUGCGCAACAUGUGAAGGCCACAGAAAGAACAUUAUGAAGGCAAUAGAAGAGAGUGAAAAGUUAGAGGCUGCCGAAAACUUCAAACAACAUGUGAUAAAUGCCCAAAAAGAAAGAGAACUUUAUAAUGACUGUGUAAAGCGUGCCAAGGAAACAUGCAUAUUAAGUUCUGAUAAAAGAACAAACCACUAUACUUUUGAUUUUAGUCAAAAUGUAUCCAUUCCUCACUUCUCGCAACAAAUGGGGCCAAUUUAUUUCAUGUCCCUUCGCAAAGUACAGAUUUUUGGUGUACGGAUAGAUGGACUGCCUAAACAGCUCAAUUUUUUUAUUGAUGAAAGUGAAACUAUGGGCAUAGAUGGUACCCAAACACACGGACCCAAUGCUGUCAUCUCGAUGCUGGAUAUGGUGCUAGACACCCACGGGCGUGGUGAAUCGACAUGCUCCAUCCAUGCGGAUAAUUGUCCAGGUCAGAACAAGAACCGCUACCUCAUUGGUUAUUUCACAUGGUGUGUGAUGACCGGCAGACAUGACAUGAUAGAAUACCACAUGCAAAUAUCAGGACAUGCCAGGUGUCUGGUUGACAGUGGAUUUGGGCAUGUAAAGAAACUUUACAGGUACCUAAAAGCCGCCUUUGUUGUAUGUGUAAGAAUUUAA